AUGGAAGAAAUAGGGAGUAUUGGCUCCGGCGAUGAAUCUAGAAAUUGUCCCCGCGGUCACUGGCGGCCGGCGGAGGACGAUAAACUCCGGCAGCUUGUUGAUCAGUAUGGUCCACAGAACUGGAACUCCAUUGCUGAUAAACUUCAAGGUCGAUCAGGGAAGAGUUGUCGAUUGAGAUGGUUUAAUCAACUUGAUCCGAGAAUUAAUAGAAGGCCAUUUAGUGAAGAGGAAGAAGAGAGACUUCUUGCGGCUCAUAGGCUUCAUGGGAAUAAGUGGGCUUUAAUUUCUAGACUCUUUCCGGGACGAACAGAUAACGCAGUCAAGAAUCAUUGGCACGUGAUCAUGGCUAGAAAGCAAAGGGAGCAAUCUAAACUCCACGGGAAAAGCAACUACCAAGAUACUAUUAGCGUUGGCCACGAGUCUAAUUCCACUCCCCUGACUCACAUCUCUAGAAGAAGAUUGAAAAUUAGGGAAGAUUAUAACUUAAGUAUGAGGUUUGAAAAUGGUGUCAUCUCCCCAUUUCAAAGCAAAAACAAAGACAAAGCUUUUGCCUUCCCUACUCCAAAUUCUUGGAACUUCUCUAGUCCAAUCUCUUCUUCAUCAGUUGCAAACAAUAGUAACUCGACCUUGACGGACUUGUUUGGAAGAUUAGAGGGUAGGAACAAUUUCUUCAACCCGAGUUUAUUUAAUCUAGAUAGUUCUAAAGAUAACUUCCACAAUGAUUCAAACAAAACCCUAAGCCGACUCUAUUCGAGUUCAUUGAUUGGAUUCUCAGAGAACCGCAAGAAGUUAGUUCCAUGUAAUCCUUUACAUUUACCCCUACUCAGAGAUAGCAAUGUGAUAGAGCCAAGUAGAAGAUCAAACAUGUUUGCAACGAUUAAAGAUCAUCACCAUCAAUUUGUGGAAAUGAGAGCAAGUAGUAUAGAUCAAGAUGAUCAUGUUAAAGAGUCAAAAGAUCACGAAUCCAUCAAGAGGCCAAAGGACAUCAAGUUCAUUGAUUUUCUUGGAGUGGGCAUCCCUUCUUGAUGAAGUAGAA